AUGAUGCUGAGUCCGGACCAAGCCGCCGACUCGGACCACCCCAGCUCGGCGCACUCGGACCCGGAGUCGUUGGGCGGCGCGGAGGCCAAGGUGCUGGGCAGCGUGUCGGACCUGGAGCCGGUGGAGGAGGCCGAGGGCGACGGCAAGGGCGGCAGCCGGGCCGCGCUCUACCCGCACCCGCAGCAGCUGAGCCGCGAGGAGAAGCGCCGCCGCCGGCGCGCCACCGCCAAGUACCGCUCGGCCCACGCCACCCGCGAGCGCAUCCGCGUGGAGGCCUUCAACUUGGCCUUCGCCGAGCUCCGCAAACUGCUGCCCACGCUGCCCCCGGACAAGAAGCUCUCCAAGAUCGAGAUCCUGCGCCUGGCCAUCUGCUACAUCUCCUAUCUCAACCACGUCCUGGACGUGUAG